AUGUCAUUAAAUAAACCAGCGAGAUCAACUAGAGGAAAAAGAAUUACACCUCUGACGGAGGAAGAGAUCAAAGCGGAUGCAGAGUUUUGGGCACCUUUGUUGGCGGCACAAGAUGAAGAUGAACAAGAUGAUCCUGAUUAUGAAGAAGAGGAACCAAAGGAAGGUGAAGAUGCUGUUGAAGAUGACGAUGAUAUCAGUUCAGAUGAAUUGGAAGAUGAAUUAUCAUCAGAGAAUGAAGAUGAUAUUGAAAUCGAUAAGAGAAGAGAGAAAAAACAACCAAAAAAAGGAACAAAAGGAUAUGUUGAUCCUUCAAAGAAGAAGAAAGGUGGAGCAACUUCAAAAGCAGUGAAAUCAAUUACAAAGAAAAAGAAACAGAAACAAGCUGAUGAAGAUGGUGAUGAAGAUGAAGAAGAUGAGGUUGAGGAAGAUGAUGAAGAGCAAGGAGAAGACGAAGAAGAUGAAGAUAAACAAGCUAGUUUCUUAAAGACAAUUGAAAGAGCAAGCGAACAAGGAAGAAAUGAGAAGAAACAAGCAUCUACACCACUGAGUAGGAAGAGAAAGAAUAGAGCAACAACAAAUGUUGGCAACAAUGAAGAUAUAGAUUCAACAACAACUACUACAACUACAACUACAACAACAGGUUCCUCCAUACCAGUAAAGAAGGUGAUGAGAACAUCGGUUAUUGCAUUCCUCGAGAAGAGUAAUGAGCAGCUACAAGAGGCGAAUAAACAGAAAGCAAUACGGUCGGCCGCUGCCAAGAAACAUCGUGCCGCUUCACUCGCCGGAAAGAAGAACGACGAACUGACCCAGGAGGAGCUGUUGGAGGAAGCGAAGCUAACGGAGCAAAUCAAUAUUGAAUCACUGAACACCAUGAUGCAGCGUGAAGAGGAGAAGAAGAAGAGUCAUCAGAUAAAGAAGCAGGCUUACACAGGACCGAGAGUCAUCUACAAGAGCAGCGUAGUCAAUACCAACCGGAAUAAGAACAGUGGCAAAAUCAACCAGAUGAAGAACAAGAUAGUUUCAACGGUUACAUUCACCGAUGACUCGAACUUCCCCGAGUGUUUGAAACAUUCGUCGAUACCGUCGCGUCAUGAUUGUCGCCAAUCACCUAAGCAAACGUGUGUCAUCACCGGUCAACCAGCUAAAUAUAUCGAUCCCAUAUCGAAACAACCAUACGCAACAGCAGAAGCAUAUCAAAUUCUUAAAGAGAGGAGCAAUAUCCAUAACAACAACAAUAACAACAAUCUUAGUCUAUCUUCAAGUACAACCUCAACUACACAAUCAACAAACGCCAACACAAACAUUACAGAAGAACAAAAGAAAGGAAGUAGCAGUAGAUCAAAGAGAAGAGUACCGACAAUCAUUUCAACUUCAGAUUUACCUGCUAGAUAUUAA